AUCUAUUCAAAAACUCGCGAACGUAUGUGUUUCUGUUCAGCGCGUGUGAACGCGCCCCUGUUUACAUCUGCGCGCGGGGUGGAAUUUCCCGACUCGCGCCGCGAAUCACUUCCGCAAACCUCCGGCCGAUCAGAGACGCGUCUCCGUCAAGUACUGGGAAACAUGUUUGGUAAGUGACCGGGUGACAGAUGGAGGGAAAAGGCCCGUAUCGCAUCUAUGACCCCGGUGGGAGUGAUUGCCAGGUCAAAGACGAGGCCAGCAGCCUUGGCUACAGACAGCUGCUAGAGGAGAACAGCACAUUGAGAGAGAGAAUGAAGGGUCUGAAGAGUUUAGGAGACCUGUUAGAGGAGUCUCAGACAGAGGCAGCGAAGCUUCGGAAGAGGGUUGAGGAGCUGGUGAGGGAUAACGAAGCCCUGAAGUCGUCCACGACCAGCUUUGCCUCCAGUCUGUGCAUGGGCGGACCCGUUCAGACAGAGACACACAGUCAUGGCAAACAUCACGGUCAUCCUGCAACAGAAAGGCAAGAAUCCCGAGAUUGCUUAACUGGAAAUACUUUACAACCAGAGGCAACUGAAAGUUCGUCUGAGUUUGAAGUGGUGAAUAUGGAAGAGAAGACCAUCUCUGAAACCCAGACGCCUGGAGUGAUGCACAUGCCCCAGGAGAACGUGGAGCUGGCGAGUCAACUCCGGCGACUGGAGAGUUCUUUCAGUGUGUUUGCUGAAGAGUCCAACCCAAAUCAGCUGCUGGCUCACCUGGGCCGCAUGGCUGUGGAGUUCCACCAUCUCUCAUCCAAAGUCCAGAAGAACGAACAGAGAACAUCUCUCUUACAGACACUCUGUGAACAGCUAAGACAGGAAAACAGUGAGCUCAGGAAAAAAAUGGAAGAGGACCUUCAGUAUCGCAACCGAGAUUUGGAACAGCUGAGAUUGGAGAACUUGAAACUUAAGGAGCAGGUCGGCGGAGCAGCCCCGACUGAGCAGUCGAGUCGGAAGGAGGAGCCAGUGAAAGAGGAGGCUGCCAAAACCAAGGUGGAAAUGACCAUGACUCAGCAGUCUGGUAAAGCUGUGGAAAAAACCCCAUCAAAGACCCUUGAUCCGGAGGUUUACGAGAAGAAGAUCAAGCUUCUGGAGAAACAGAGGAGAGAUGUACUGGAGGUGAACAAACAGUGGGACAUUCAGUGGAAUUCUAUGAAGACACAGUUUGAGCAAAAGAUAACAGACCUGCGGCAGCGGCUCGCUGACUCCCAGAAGGCCGUACUUGAGCUUGAAGCAGAACGUGAGCAGAAACAGCGAGACUAUGACAAAAAACUCCUCCUUGCCAAGUCUAAGAUCGACAAUGUGCAGGGUGAGAAGGAAUGCCUUACCUCAGAGACAUGCGAGUUGAAACAAAAGGUACGCUACCUGCAGGACCAGUUGCUACCACUUACCAAACAAACAGAAUACCAGGAGAAAGAGAUCCAGAGGCUCAACAGGGCAUUAGAGGAAGCAUUGAAUCUUCACUCUCCUUCCUCCACCCAGCCAGGCUUGAACUUGGGAGAGGGUGUGGCUAACCUGAGACAGCAGGAGCUGCACACACAGAUAGCAGUUCUGAAAGAGCAGGUCAAGAUCUUUGAAGAGGACUUCCGGAAGGAGAGGAGUGAUAGAGAGAGGAUGAAUGAAGAGAAAGAAGAUCUGAGACGGCAGGUGGAAAGGCUACAGGGACAAAUGACUAAUCUGACUAAUCAGCUUCAUCAAUCACAGAAUGAGUGUCAGAGAGAGCGUGCAGAGAGGUGUAAACUGGAGAGACUGCAGAUGCAACACAAGCAGGAGGGGCAGCAGGAGAGGAGGACGUCCGAUCCCACAUCUGGCACAGCAAAUGGCCCCAUGAGCCCUCCAUACUGUGGUCCGUUUGUUCAGGUGGGCCAUCAGGGUCUAGAGGGGUGGCCCAUACACUUCCCCCCAAGGAUGUCUAACAUCAGUACGGCACCCGGCAGGGACUUCCAGCCUGUCAAUCCAGGUUUUCCCUGGCAGACAUCCUUCCCACAGCCACGUGGUUCUAGAGGACAAGCAGACACAGCAAGACCCCCUCCAGAAACUGCAGAAAUGGGAGCAGCUGGAUUUGGGAAAAGGGAGCGUCAGAACAAUGACCCUGGAAAGCACUAAACGCACACUUUCUCCUGGAAUGGCUCCCGGCUAGUAGCAUGAUGCAGUUUAUUUUCAGUCGGCAUGGUGUAAACUAUUUUUUUUUUUUCCUACUGUGUACAUAUAUAUCUACCACUGAUACAAAUGUUGUUUAUAUACUUAAGUUUUAUAAUCCUGUUUGUGAAACACUGUUCUGGCAAAUUAAGAAUAUAUACAUUUAGUAUUUUUUUCCUUUUUAUGAUUGAAGUUUAAAUGAUCUGCUUUAUAUAAUUCUAUGCAGGAAUUGAAGUCAGUUGUUUAAUGGAUUAAAUGAUUGAACUUACUUUUUUAAACAAUAUACCUAUAGAGUUGAGUAAGGGGGGACAUUUUUAACCUACACCACUUCAUUGAAUGAAAAUUACUUCAUCAGAUUAUAUUUAUUACAGAGUAAUUCAGUGACAACAGAAUAUAAUGUUUUGAUGAAAGCAAGCUUUAGAAUAUUGAGCCUUCCAUCAUAGACAAAGACAAUUGUACAAGCUGAGAAAAGAUGAAAAAGUCCACAACUCUAUAGGUGAAUUGUCUUGAAAAUGUCCAACAGUUAGACUGUGACUGAUCUCAUUCAUGAAUGUCACACACUGUUGAAUGUGUCCACAUGUAUAUCACCACUGGGUGGCGUUACCCUCUGACUGGUCAUCUGCCCCACCAUUUACUGAAGCCAUAUAUUAAUAUUAUCUGUUAGAUAAUGUUCAACAGAGUUCUGGGAUCACUCCAAAAUGCGCUUCAUAUGGCUUGUUGAUCUUUUAGCUACUUAUGAUUGUAAUUGAAAUAACUGAUCGAGAAGGGUCUUAAUCAGGUCCUAGUAAAUGGAUGCCAGAGGAAACAUAGUAGACUUAAUUUUGUUCAAGAUUCAGUGUUCAUAAACAUUAUUCUCAAUGUGCAAAUGGAAGUGAUAAGUUAUUUAUAAUCUAUUGUUUUGACAGCUGAGUGUGGUUUAUUGUCUUAAGUAAUGUUGUAUUUUGUGUAUUGUUUUGUGUCUCCCUUUACAUAUUGUAGCUACUGGAAGCUUGUAGGAUGUGAGUUUGCGUGUUUGUGCAUGUACACAGUCACAGGAAGUGGACCAGAAUAAAUGCUAAGUUAAUGAUAUCA